CUCAUUUUGACCAUGGAGUAUAUUGUAUAUUUGGUAUGCUCUCAAGUAACUCUGAUUAAUAGAUCAUUUUAUUGUAUUUAGACCGCUUAGUAUUUAUUUGUAAACACAAGUUCUGCUCAAGUGUGGAUUGUAGAUGAACAUGUGCGCCUUUAAUUUGAAGGAAAUCCCCUUUCCGCCAUUUCACUGCUCUCUCUCAGUCACUUGAAACUACUGUCACCGCCAUAACUUUGAACACAAGUAAAUACUAACAUGUCCUACGUGGGAUUACUGCUGCAUGAAGGUAAUCUGCUACCAGUGUUAGUUAUGAUAUCAUGGUUGUCUCUAAGCUAAGAAGCCAAUUGCUGUAAAACUGAUUGUAAUCAUACGUUCUCCUGCGAUGAUGUUUUGAUUGGGGAACCACCUUGCACCGUGCAUGUUUGCCUAACGGAGAACACCAGGAGACGUACCGUGUGAAACUACAAAUAUGGCACGAACUGGCCGGAAUAAACUUUCUCCAUGGAUUGAAAGUUUGAUCCUGAAAUACAGCCACGAUGGAAGCAGCAGCACCAGCGGGAGGCUGAAGGCUCAUGUUAUCGGGGUGGGUCAGAUGUCUCAGUCCCAGGCUCAGACUCAGGGCUCUGAAGGUCCCCCAGGGCUUCUAUUUCUGUCUGAUGGGGUGCUUCAGAUCCCUGCCAUCCUCACUUCAUCUGCCUGGGAGCAUCUUCAGGAGAAAGAGGAACGGGAGAGUUUCAACAGUCUGCUCAGUGCCACAGUGUUCAUUCAGGACUACAAGCUUCAGUUUCACAUUGCUCCUGAGCAGACUAAAAGCAGAUUCUUUCUAUCUGUAGGAGAGCUAGCUACAACUGCAGCAGGUCCAGUGAAAGACUGCACCCCUUGCUGUACAACGUUGCCCUCAGUAAGGCAGAAGAUCUGUGUGACAUGGAGGGCCUCGCUGGGUCAAGAGGUGCAGGUCUCCCAGAGCCAGUGUGGGUUAAAUCUGACUGAGCUGCUUGGGGAGUGGCAGCAUGACUGUCUGCAGGCUGUGCAGGAGGAAGUUAGAGAGAAGCUUAUGACUGUGAGAGGCCAUCCUGUGAAUCCUCUGCCUUCCACCUCAACGUCCAUCUCAUCCCUGACCCAACAAGACACAUUCAUUACGACAGGCUGGGAUGUUGACCGGGUCCGGUAUAAGAGAGAGAAAUGUUUCACUGUGCCCAUUAACUGUCUCUGUAUCCCAGAUGAUUAUUAUCAGCAGCUGCAAACACCUCUGGAUGUUGACAGCAGUACACCAAGCGGGCUCUCUGCUGCCUCUAAAAACAAAGCAAGAGAUUUACCACAAGUCCAUGAGACAGCAGAGCCUUCUGUUGAUGAUGCAGAGUGGCGGAUAGAGGAUCCAUCACUUGUUCAGGUAGAUUGUGACGCAAAUGUGAACCUACAACGACAUGUGGAGGACAACAUAUUGGAUGAAAACAUGAUCACAAGGUUAAAUGAAAGUGAAAUCAAGCCUUUGUCCAACCCUUGGGACAUUUUUCCACCACCAGGAGACACAUCCUCAUCCAUAGAUACAUCCCCUGACGUGACAGAAGCCCUGCCUCAGGUCGCCAUCUUUACCAGCACACAGAUUCCAUUCCAGCAGACAUCAGAGCCAAACAGCAAAGGAGAGCAGAGCGACCUCGUGCCAUACCAGAAUCCUCCAAACUCAAGCAGCCUCCCCAUCACUGUCAGUGCUUCAACUUCAACCUCUGUGAGUCCACCAGAGCCAUUUACCAGACCGGCAAACCCUUUUCAGGCCACAGACAGGCUCUGCACUGAACCAGAGGAAACAAAUCUCAUUGCUUUGGAGCAGGAUGACCAGAUUUUUGAGGAGGAGAUUGUGCAAGCUGUGGAGAGAAAACCUAGGAAGGCAAAGAGAAAGAGAAGCGAGCCCUCCGUGGAAGAUCAGACCGUCUUAGAAGAGGAAGAGGAGAAGGCUCAGAUUAGUGGAAGUCCUCCAUCAUGGCUUUUUGACUCUAAGAAUGAAUCUGAGCCAGAAGAGGGCAGCAGCCACCAACAGGGUCAAAGUAAAGGAACUGCUUUGAGAACAGCCUCCACUGUUCACAGCGAUGGAAAGUUGUUUUCUUACUCCUACCAAGUAUCAGGGAAAUCCCUACAGGGUUUAAGUCAACUUAAGGUUUCUAAAUCAUUAGUGAGCUGGGCUGUGAAGUAUCUUGUUGCUCCUAAGCAGGCAAAUAAUUCACACAACACAUCAACAUCCUCAAAUCAACUGUCCUCUGACAAGACUGAGGUCACUCCACUUUAGGUUCAAGAUGCUUGCACACAGUUAAGCUGCUGUAGUUACUCCAGCUUGUUGGAUAUCACAAUCCCAUGUUAAAGGGAAACUCCAGUAUUUUCUACAUAUCUUGAGGUCUAAAUGAGAAGACCAUGCUGUUCCAAAACGUUCUGCACCUGUUCAGUCAUGUUUGAAACAGGACCUGGGGUUAAAAGAGAAAAAACAAAGUUCUUCUUGUGUAUUCCAGAGCAGCCAAACUACUUGAGUCUAUUUUCUACAUCUUUAUGUAACAUUUUAAACGCAGAAUAUAAAGUUCGUUUUAAACAAAGUUGCGCAUGUUCCCUGGUAAACAUUUUACACUGAUCCAGCUGAAAUAAAUACAUUUUGUUCAAAGUUUGA